AUGGCGGUCCCAAAAUCACUUCCGGACGUGCCUUCCAUCGGUCUCCAGGCCCCAGACUUCCCCAUCGCGGCGAAAGCCUAUCAUUUUGCAAGGGAACACUGCGAUGCUGCAGUCUACAACCACGCAGCCCGGGCGGCUUACUGGGCUCUGAUCCUGUCGAAAAAGCUUCCCGAAUUCCGCACGAUCCACGUUGACCUGGAAGUAGUAGUAGUCAGCUGCAUCCUGCACGACAUGGGCUGGGCGAGAUCGCAGGAGCUACUGUCUAGCGACAAGCGCUUCGAGGUUGACAGCGCAAACAUUGCCCGAGACUUUCUACACAAAGCAUUCGCGGACUACGACCCUGGAACAUCCGAGUCAGGAGAGUGGAGCAAAGCUAGGGCUCAGCGGAUGUGGGACGCCGUUGCCCUUCACUCUACACCGUCAAUCGCACGGUUCGCAGCGCCUGAAGUUGCGCUGACGCACCUGGGAGUCAUUGCCGACUUUACUGGCCCUAACCUCACUGGGCCAGGCGGAGAACAGUUGAUCAGUUUGGCGGAAUACCGUGCUGUGAUGGAAGCUUUCCCACGCGCAGGUUUCGACCGCGAAGGACUGAAAAGGAUUACUUGUUGGCUCUGUCGCACAAAGCCGGAAACAACCUUCGACAACUGGGUUGGUGGAUUUGGACUUCGAUACGGAACAGAUGGGGCUGGCGCAGGGAAGGAAGCGUUUACACGUGCAUGGGAAGAGGCGCAAGCUGUGGCCGCUCUGUUGCCCAGCCUUGACAAUUUGGAAUCACUUGACAAAGCAACAUAG